UCGUCGACGUUUCAGUAGUUUGAUCGUUUAUGAAAGUUUCAGUGGACUUUAUUGUUCGGAAGAUUCGAAAAUUAUGAGAAUGUAUUAGAAUGUUGCCUUCCUCGAUCUCUGGAACGCCGUUCAGCGUCCGCGACAUUCUCAGCGAGGAUCAGCAGCUAGGCGUCAUGGAUUCCUACCCCGUCGCUCAUCAUCAGCACCAGCUGCAACAGCAACACGUUUCUCAAGAUUAUUACAACUACAUUGUACCAGAGAAUCAAUGGGAAUUUGAGAAGUUCAAGGAACAGUCGAUGCAGUCUUAUCCACAUUAUCCGGAUUUGAAUCAUGUUCACCAGUUGAAUCACGUCGCUCCGCCGUAUCAGGAGCCUCCUGUCAUAGAGGAUGGCAACGUUGUCACAUCGAGCAAGACGGAGUUGAGGAAAAGUCAGUCGGGCAAGAGGACGAAGCGGAAGCCAAGGGUGCUCUUCUCUCAGACGCAAGUCUUCGAACUGGAGCAAAGAUUCAAACAGCAAAGAUACCUUAGCGCCCCGGAGAGAGAGCUUUUGGCUCAAACGCUGAAGCUCACCAGCACACAGGUGAAAAUCUGGUUUCAGAACCGACGAUACAAGAACAAACGGGCGAGAAUCGAGGACGCGGAGAAACUGCAAGCUCAAAACAUGAAGAACCAAUCGUUGAAAAAGAUCUCUGUCCCCGUGUUGAUCAAGGAUGGGAAACUAAACCUGCAAGACACUUACAAUCCAGCGAUGAACCCUUACUGGUCGAACAUGAGGCCCGAAUUAACGGUAACGAUGCAACCCGACUUCCGGAUGAACGAAAUGCGCGUCAGCCCCGAAUUCCGACCAAACAAUGGCGACGUGCGAAUCGACUCCAACAUCAGCCCCGAGUUUAAAGCGGACAUCGGUUCGGACAUGAGCGGAAAAUCGAGUUUAAACGGCGAUCUGCAGCCCAGACAGCACAUCAUCGGCACAGCAGACUACAGGAACAAUCUGCCGAUCGACUGUCAAAGACAAAUCAAAACGGAGUACAAAGACAACGAAGUUUCGCCGUUUCCAGAGAUGAAGAACCUCGCGACGGACAUGAAACCGAUCACCAGCGACGGCAGAUCGGUGAUGGACGUCUCGAGCAGCGACUACAGCUUCGGCAACUACUUGGCACCGGCUAAUUAUCAGAUGCAGUACGUCAAUUACAUGGAGCAGGUGCCAAUGGAGCAGAAUCUUCAACGAUUGUGGUAA